AUGGGUGGAUCGAGGAUGGAAAAGGAGUCAAACGUGGAUGAAGAAGAAGUAGAGCGGAUGGAAGGCGACGAGGCCGAAGAGUCUGAAUCACUAACGCCUUUGUUUCUCGAGACUACGCACAUACUCGUCACUGUCAAUGAGGGACGGAUCUGGAACGAGGAUAAUCACGAAUCACGCAUCACAAAAUGCGGAUGCAUCGCUUGUACGCCCCUGCCGUUGGGUGCUGCUGACUGGCAUUUGAACACUCCACAGAAUCUUUGCAUCCCAGCAAAGCUAAGUCGCGCGGUGCCGCAGGAUUCCUGUGCAUCUUGUCAGUCAAUUCAAGUGUCCGUAGCCAACCAAGCAAGCAAGCAGGAUGACGAACGUUGUGCAGCAAGCUGCUAUGAUCGUCGGUUUGGACCCGCCCGGCCGCAUCGGCAGAAAAAGAAUAUGUUAACUCGAGCUAAAAAUAGACCCGUCGCGUCAUUGGACCAGGCUAGCAUCGGGGGCGAUCGACCAUUCAGGUGGAACGGCGUAUCGAUCGAUCUACACGUUUGCAUCGCUCGAUGCCAUCCAUUUAGCAUCCCGAUAGAUCGCACUGAAACCUUGUGUGAACGGUUAUUUCUGCCACACGUUCACGGUUAUUGGCCAGUCUUGGUUCGUCAAUUGCUAGAUGCGACACGCCAGUAUGCUCUGUCCCGAGAGAUGCUCCGAGCGCUGAUGCGGCGACACUCCGGAGGAACUAUUUUCACAUCGAGAUCCAAGAAACUGCGGGACGGGUUUGACUGCAUGCUAGGUGGCGCUUGA